AUGAAACAGUACCUACCUAUGAAGCCCAAAAAGUGGGGAUUCAAGUUCUUUGUACUUGCAGACAGUGGGGGUCUUAUUCAUGAUUUCAUUCCUUAUACAGGGUCCAUUCAGCCUGUGAAUAAAGAAGGUAUUCCAGACCUUGGUGCAUCUUCAAACAUAGUCUUGCACUUGGCUGAGACAAUGCAAAGUAACAGGAAUCACCUUCUCUAUUUUGGCCAUUGGUUUACAUCUGUUCCACUUAUAAAACACAUGGCUGAAAGAGGUAUCUGGUGCUGUGGAACGGUAAGGCCAUGUCGGCUUCCAGGGCUAAAGUUAGUAUCAGAUACUGUCCUAAAGAAGAAAGGUAGAGGCACAUUUGAGGAAUGGAAGUCAUCUGGUGAUGGGAGUCAGUUAACAGCAGUCAAACGGCUUGAUAAUAAAGGUGUGACCUUGCUUUCCACCUUUGCUGACAGCCAACCAACUCAUACUGAACAACGUUUUGACAAAAAAAUGAGGAAAGUUAUAGCGAUCCCACAGCCGAACAUGGUAAAAUUGUACAAGAAGAACAUGGGUGGUGCAGACCUGGCUGACUGUCUGUUAUCAUUGUACAGAAUUCCAGUGAGAUCAAAGAAAUAUUACCGUAGACUAAUCUUUCAUAUGAUUGACAUGUGCAUUAAUCAAGCUUGGUUGCUCUACAGAAGAGAUUAUGAGACAGCAGGGCUUUCACAGGAGAAAAAGCAUUCCUUACUGUCCUUCAGAAUGUCUGUGUCUGAGUCACUCAUUAGGGCAGAAAAGUAUGUGCCUAAAAGAGGUCGUCCAUCUUUAUCUAAGAAGACAGCUGAUCCACCCAAGAAAAGGCGUCAAAAGAUGGGUCAGGUCAGACCACAGAAGGAUGUGAGGUUUGACAAAGUAGGUCACUUCCCUGAAGCAAAAGAUCCUCGUUUGUACUGCAAGCGACUUGGUUGUAAGGGUCGUGCAAACAACAGGUGCAUGUAA